AUGGCGCUAGCCGCUGAUCAGCGGAAGAAGAUCCUCAAGGUCUUGAUGACAUCUUUGCUUCUAGAUUUGAUAUCCUUCACUUUCAUUCUGCCGCUAUUUCCUUCCUUGUUGACGUUCUACCGCAACGAAGACCCUUCCCCUCUGUCUCUCUUGAAUAGGAUAUUUCACUACCUGAACGCUUACAAGAACGCCUUUGCCAUACCAAUUGACUCCCGCUAUGACAUCGUCCUUCUAGGAGGCGCUCUGGGCUCGCUUUUCUCUUUCCUCCAGGCUCUUGCCGCCCCAUUCAUCGGGCGUCUCUCCGACAAAUAUGGCCGCAGGACGGCGCUUCUAUGCUCUAUGGCGGGAAAUACCCUUAGCGUCGCGCUCUGGAUAGCUGCCACAGACUUUCGCACCUUUGUUGCUAGUCGCAUUGUUGGCGGACUUAGUGAAGGCAAUGUGCAGCUGGCUAAUGCUAUAGCCACUGAUAUCAGCGAUGCCAGCCAGAGGGGCUCGACCAUGGCUCUGGUGGGCGCUUGCUUUAGCAUUGCAUUUACUUGCGGCCCAGUGUUGGGAGCGGCACUGUCCAACAUUACGACCGUAGCUGCAAAUCCGUUUGCAACAGCUGCGGGAGUGUCACUUCUUCUAAUCGUCGCUGAGACGCUCUAUCUGUACCUCUGCCUUCCGGAGACGCACCCCCGUCUUACCAAGCUCACCCAAGCUACGCCCCAG